AUGAAAUCUGUUAAAAUUCUUUGCUUUUUAAAAGACUAUCAAGAAAAUUAGGAAAAUUAUAAACUUUAAUCUUUUUCUUAAAUUCAAGAUGAUAACUAUUAAAAAAGUCAUCUGGAAUUGAUUGCUUAAAAAAAAAAAACAUAAUCUUAAGAUGCCUAAGAUCUGUUGAAUAAUUUUGAAAAAUAUAUACAAGACUCUUAAUUGAUGUAAGUUUUAUUAAAUUAAGAAUAAUUUGGGAAAUACCGUAUUAUAGAUAGAAUAAAAUUAGAAUUUAUGUUUGAAUGUAUGAAAGCCAAUAUAAAUUCAUAAUUAGGAACAUCAAGAGAGGCUAUAUAGCAACAUUACAUUUCAAGUUUUACUGAAGAAAUUAUCGAAAAAGAUCUGUAAAUUAAUAUUCAAGAAUAAAGUCUAUUAAAACUUAUUGAAGCAAAAUUAGAUAUUUACUAAUAAUUAGUUUCAACAUCAUAGAUUAAAUAAACUAUUCGUCAUUUUCACACAAAAGUACAUAAAUUAUGUUAUUAAUUUUAUACUUUAGAUAAAUAAUUAAAGGUAGCCUAUGCAUAACAUCCUUGUUUUCAUUUACACAGAGUUAUUUGUUUUUAUUUGGGAGAAGUCUUAGGAGAAUAUAGAAGAGCAAUUAACUUUUUUAAAAAUUCAGAAUUUUUUGAAACAAAAAUACUUUAAUUUAAAUAAAUAAAGAAUUUUAAUAUCAAUUCUUAAAGAGUGCAUUAUUUAAUAUUAGAAACAAAAGAUGAUAUGGAAACAUUUAUGAUUUAAUCAUACUCUAAUAAAUUUUUUCAUAGUUUCGGAAACUCUCCAAAAGCAACUUAAAAUCAUUACUUUAAUGAUUUGUUGCCUAUAUAUUUAGUUCAGCAUCACUGUUUUAAUGUAAGAAAAUUUUUUGAAACAGGAGAGUCUAAAUAUUACUAAUAGUUUGACCUUAGUUUCAUUCGAAAUACCAAUACCCUAUUAACACCAAUUAAUAUGUGUUUUUCAAUAACAAAUAAAUUUCUAAAUUAAAAUAUCACUUUUGCUGUUUUUUUAUAAGAUGCAUUAUAUGAUCGAGCAUAUAUUUUAAUAGAUGAUGCUAGUCAAAAAUGUAUGUUUACUUAAAAUUUAUUAAUUUUAAUUGGAUGGACAGAAUUAGAAAUCAAAUAUCUAAGUAGUUAAGAUGAAAGCUUCAAAGUAUUUAAUAUUAAUAAAAUAUUUCCAAAAUUUGAUCAACUUGUUAGAGCGAAUAAAGAAAAAUAUUUUAAAGUAAAUUAAUGCGAUUUAAUUUUACCCAAAAUGUAAGAUAAAUUCUAAACUUAAAGGUCUCUAUACUCAGAAAACUCAUAAAUAUUUUUAAAUUAUGUUGACUGUUUAUGUGAUUUAAUAAUUAUUAAACGAGAAAUUGGAAUUUACAAUUAUUAUAUAAUAAAUGUUGUUAAAAUAGUAGAAGCAUAAACAAUUCAGAUUAUUAAUCAAAAAACUAAUUACUCAAGCUCAAAAAGUUUAGAAAAUAAAAAUAAAGAAAAUGGAAAAUAAUAAUUUCUUGAUAACUAAACUAGUUUUGAAAAUAAUUAGGCUGAGUUUUUAUCUUUAAAUGACAAUAAUAUAAACAGUAAUAAGAAGAACUCUAUGAACAACAUUCAUAAUGAAUCAAAUCUAGAUAAUGUAUAAAUAGAAAAAAUGUAUUCUUUAAUUUAGUCUAUUGUUUCUGUCAAAACCCCAAAAUAUUUAUAGAAAUUUGUGAUUUUAAUGCUAACUUGGCAUUCCAUUUUUAUUAUGUUUGUCAUAAUAUUUUAUGUCUCUUUAUCAUCAGACAUAAAUUAAGUGAGGUCACAACUUGAAAUGGUAUCCUUUUAUGCAGCAAUAAUGGCUCCUCAUGAUCUUUUCUUUUCAAUGAGAGUAACCAUAACUGCUUAUUAAUAAAUGCAAAGAGAAGGAUUCUUAACUUAAUAAAAAGUGACUGAAUUAACGAAUCCUUAUUAUGAAAAUAUUGAAUUAGGAUUUACUGAGUUAAGAGAUAGCUUUUAUGAUUAGUUGAACAAUCAAUAUUUAUAGGAAUUUUUGAAUGAUGUCAAUGUGACUAUGUAUUUUAUGUAGAAUGAUGAAAAAUCAAUCUAUCCUAUGGAUGUUACUUUUAGGGAUGCUUUAUUUAUCAUAUUAUAAUAUUAAUAUGCAUAAAUGAUGACUUUUUAUUAUCGUUAGAGUACUUCAGGUAAACCAUUUUAAAUUUCAUUAUUUGCUAAUUAUUUUAUGCUUCAUUCUCAAUGUGAAUUACUAUCAAACGAUAUAGCUUUUUAUUCAAUUGAAAAUAAAAAAAAUAUUAAUCAAAAAUGGUAAAUAAUUAUUUUUAUUGGAUUUUCAUCCCUUAUACUAUUUUAUAUAAUCAUUUAAUGUUAUUAAAUAUAUUUUUUUGGGUAAUUGGACUCUUUAUAUGAAUUAAUUAAUUCUCUAACAUUCGAUAUUGUUUAAAAAGAAAUUGAUAAAUUUUGCAAUUAUAUCAGUUAAUAUAAAUUAGAUCGAUAUGUUUUACUUGAGUAUGACCCAUUAGAUCGAUAUUGCAAAUAAAUUGAAAAUUAUCAAAGAAAAUUAGGACAAAAAUAUAUAAAAGUUAAGAUUAAGACAAAAAAUUAAUCUAAAUUAAUAAAUUAUUCUAUGCUCUUUUUAUUGUGUUUAAUUCUUUCUUUUUACUUCAUUCUAAUUUUGAGUAAUACAUAAUAAUAUUUGCAAUAAUAUGAAAAUAAUUUGCUUUUUUAUAAAAAGUUGUAAGAUUAUAAAUUAAGACCUGGUAGCCUAUAUUUAUAUAGAGAAAUCUUUUUUAGAUGGUCUAAUUUCACUUUUUUAACAGAAGAUAAUUAAUAAUAAUUAUAUUCUCUUGUUUUGAAGGCAGAAUAAUCAAUAGAUAAUUAUUUAAAAAACAUAAAUUCCUUUUAUGAAAAUUCAUAAAUAAUUGAUGAGGAAUUUGAUAAGCUCUAUAGUAGAGUAAGCCAAGAGAAUUUAUGCAAAUUUAUAGAUGAAGUAAUUAUUAAUUUAAAUUAGAAAUUUUAAAAUUUGACUACUAAAUAUUGUAAUAAAUCCUUUGAGGGAUCUUUAAAUUCAGGAAUGAUUUCUAGUUUGAAUUACAUAUAACAUUCAAUAUAAACUUAAUAAGGAAUUAACAAUUUCACUAAAAGAGUAGAGGCUAGUUUGUAUGAAUAAGAAGGAUCAUAAAUAGUUACAAGAGUAUUUUUUUCGCUUUCCAAUCAAUUUAGUAAAAGUGCUAGUUCAAAAGCAGAUAUUUGCAUUUAAGUGAUAAAAGUAAUAGAUUUAGUAAGGCUAGGUUUUAUCGAUAAGCUUUAUUGUGUAUAUUAUAUUAGUGUUAUUACUGAUGCAAAUAAUUUAUCGUCCAUACUUAGAGAAGCUUUUUAGAGUGUUAAAGAGAUCAGUGCAUUUAAUACCAUUUGACUCAUUGUUGUAGAGUGAAACUUUGGAACUAAGAUUAAAGUCGAUUAAUUAUAAACUUUAAUUAUUAUGA